AUGGACUCAACGCAGAUUCCCAAGGAUAUUGCUGCCGUUGAAAGUGAUGGAAAGACUUACGUUUUCUACGUCAAUGACAACCACCAGCUCAGCUACUUAAUCAAGCCUGGAGGAGGGUGCAACGGUGGCUAUGCUGUAAAGACCAUCGAAAUCACCUACCAGAAAAUGCAUGUCAAGUGUGACAGCCGAGAAGUCGCCGCCAUAUCCUGGAAGUCCGCCAGUGGCGUGGAUGAGAUCCGUGUCUACUGCGUUCUUGCCGAUGAACAUGGAAGGGCCUUCCUCCAGGAGAUCUGCCUGAGUAGUGAUAAGCCCGAUAAGAGUUGGUACCAGGGCUAUUUGGGAUCUAGGAAGACCAUUCGCCAUGUUGUGAAUGGUGCCUCUAUCGCUGUUACUGGCACUUCGUAUGAGAACCUCAAGGUCUUUGUCUCUGGCAAGGAUGAAAAUGGCAUUCCAAAGACUGAUGUUCACUAUUACACUCAGAAGGAUGGGGGCAGUUGGGAGGUCGAGUCGGUCAAUGCACAGCUUUGGGCUUAG